CAAAAGUUUGGUGGCCCCAUCUCCACUCGCACGCUUCGCCCAUCGCCAUGGAUAAGGUCCUCGAAGAAACUUCCGCUGUAGCCACGACUGUGCUCGCAACUAUCCCGCAGCGCAUGGUUCGCGUGUCCACCCUUCUUGCAUCAGAAUUCCCCGUGACUACGCCGUCGCAGUUGACCGAGAUGUUCACGCCACUGGUGUCGGCGAACGCGUCGUCGAAUCCACAUUUGGGCCGGUUGGUUACGUUGGUGCUGGACGAAAUUCACAUUGCCAUCCACGAGUUACAGCGGCUCGAACGGUGGAUUCAACUGCUGACGCCUCGUGUUGCCGACGGCAACAACUUUGGCGUGGAAGUGCAGAAAUCUGUCCAACUCCAGAUCAGUGCGAGCCGCACUGCUCUGCAAAAGUCGUGGGAUGCCAUGACCGACUACUACUGGCAGCGCGCCACGGCGUACGAGAAGUUUGCUGUCAAGGUGUCGAAAGAGCACAAAAAGUCUUCAUCUCAGUCGAAAGAAGAAGGUGGCAACGAUGGCGCUGUCGACAAGAAAUCGCAGGCUGAAUCUGAAGAUGAAAUCACGUCAGCCCCUAGCGUGAUCCCCGAUCUCCUCGUGUAUGUCGUCGCCGUGGACGUCAAGUGGUACUUUAACCUGCAGAGAACGCUCGAAAGCAUCGGGGACCACUACGCUUUCACGCUUGAUGCGGUCGAGAAGAACAGUGCCAAGAUCAAACUGCCUCGUGGCCACAGCGAGCGCGGCAUGAACAUGUUUUAAUCGGUGGUGACGUCACGUGGCGCCUUAGAGUUUCAGUGAACCAGCCAUCCCUCCAUCGACACCACAAAAACCUUUAGCUAACCCAAAAAACACCGCCCAUGACAGCAGGUCGAUUGCAUUCUCUUCACCAUGCCGCACUCUUUCGCCACAAACUCUG